AUGGAUACAAAUGAUUAUGAGAAUUUAAAGUUUUAUAACUACAUUCCAGUAAAUAAGGAACUAAAGAAAUCAUGUAUCCCAUGUCCUGAUACUGAAGAUUAUGAAGCAAAGUUAAAUAAAGAAUUUGAAGAAGAAUUAGAUAAAGCAUUUCAAGGUAACAUCUUAGAUCAAAUAAAUGCAAAAGAUAUAAAUGCUGAUUUAAAAAGAGACCUAAAAAAGAAAUUGGAUAUUCUAUCAAAAAAAACAGAUAAGGCUAUUGUUCAAUUAAUUAAACAAAAAAUAAAUGAAAACAAAAAUAAAGAAAAUAUUACAAACACAAAUGAUGAUGAAGAGGAAAAAGAAACAAUGACAUUAAAUUUUGAUAAAAAAAAUGAUAAGAACUUUGGUCAUGUUUUAUAUAAGACACUUGAUAAAUUAGAUGUAAUGGAUGAUGAAUCGGAUUAA